GUACAACCUUGGCGGUGCUCCAGGAACGUGAGGCUCAUUCUAAGAAACUAAUCUGCUCUUACCUGAAUGCAAAAUUAACUGGAGAUUCUAAAAUCAGUUGGCUGCCAUUUGCCCUGUGGAACUCCUUCAAGUACAACUAAGGCGAAUAUAACCGCGUAAGCAUUGCUAGGUGAGUGCACCACCUUAGGAAGUCUCCCCAGCGCGCCUGAGGGCGUCGUGGUGGCGGUGGUGGUGACGGUGCUGGAGUCCCCAUUGACGAUAGUACCGGCCGAGCUGCCGUCGCAGCAACAUAUCCUCGCCUGAUACACUCCAAGACACGAAAUCUUCAACGACCUCACUAACAAUUCCAGGGACAAUGAAUAGGAGCUGGCGCCUGGGAGGAUGUGUGUGGGUAGCCGUGGCGGUCAUGGCAGCAGCCACGCCUCCAAUUCCCAUUUCUUCAUCAAAAACACCGCCGCCGUUGCAAGCAUCACCAGCAACAGAAGGGCCGCCGCCGCCACCAGCAACAGAAGGGCCGCCGCCGCCACCAGCAACAGAAGGGCCGCCACAUAUCAUCAUCAUGGUGGCGGACGACCUCGGGUAUAACGACGUGUCAUGGCACAACAGUCAGGUGUUGACGCCACACCUGGAGGCCCUGGCACGCGGCGGCAUCAUCCUGGAGCAGUCAUAUGUGCAGCCCAUCUGCACCCCCACCCGCUCCGCCCUCCUCUCCUCCCGCUACCCCUUCACCAUCGGUAGACAGCACAGUGUUCUCCGACCUUCUGAGCCCGUGGGUCUGGACCUUAAGCUGAAGCUCCUCCCGCAGGCGCUGAAGGACUCUGGCUACCACACUCACGCCGUCGGCAAGUGGCACCUCGGGUUUUGCUCUUGGGACUAUACCCCCACCAUGAGGGGCUUCGACACCUUCUUCGGCUACUACAACGGUGCGGAGGAUUACUUCACCCACCGGCGUUCUGGGCUCUUCGACACUAGGAUGGAUUCGUAUUACGACCUCGAUACGGGCGCCUGUCGCGGCCACAACGACACCAACGGAGAAGAUAAAAAGAAACAAGAUGGUAAACACCACGACUGGCUGGACCUGAGGUACAACACCACCCCAGACACCAGCAAGGAAGGAGUCUACUCUACGCACAUGUUCGCAUCACACGUGGAGGACCUGCUGAGGACGAGGAGCGCUGAGGACCCCAUGUUUCUGUACCUGGCCUUCCAGAGCGUCCACGCUCCUCUACAGGUGCCAGACAACUACACACGCCCCUACGCCCACAUCCACGACCACGAUCGUCGCACCUUCCUCGGUAUGGUGAGUGCCAUGGACGAGGCAGUAGGGCGGGUGGUGGCGGCACUGAGGGCCACGGGGCACUACCACAACUCCAUCAUCGUCUUCACCACCGAUAACGGUGGCCCGACCAUCCACGGUGCCAACAACUGGCCACUGCGGGGCCAUAAGGCCACACUGUGGGAGGGUGGCACCCGAGGCGCGGCCUUUCUGCACUCCCCACUUCUGCCCAACCCUGGCACCGUCUCUCACCAAUUAGUACACGUCACGGACUGGUACAGGACACUAGUGGGCGUGGCUGGGGGUGUGUCACCACCUGACUUGGAUGGCGUCGACCAAUGGGCGUCGCUCGCUGGCACCGCCCCUCCGCCCAGGACACACAUGGUCUACAACAUCGACAACACUACGCAUUUUUUGGCCGGAGUUCGGAAGGGCAAGUUCAAGCUUCUGGUGGGGUACCCUGGCAAUGGAGAUUGGACUCCGCCCCCCGAGCUCGAAGUCUACUCCACCGGUGUUCCUCAAGACACGUCUGUCAAUAGCCUCUUCCCAGCCUCGCCUUCAUCCCUUCCUCGCACUUCUUCAAUCCAGCCUGCCACUCAAGUUGAACUAACUGGGAAUCUUCUUGGCUCGAGGCUUCCUCAGUUUCCAGUCACAUCCGAUGCGUUAGACCUUAAUGGUGUCCGCUUGGAGAAUGGUAGGGGGGCAUUCAGUUCUUUGGAUGCUUUCACCCAAAUGGGGUUGAAAUCUCUACCUCAAAAGCAUCAAACUCUAGAUUUCCAGAGGAAGAAAAGUUCCCGCAAAAUCACACAGUUUAAGAAGAAGAAUUGGAUUUCCACGAAGAGGAAGUAUGCAGGUCCUCUCAUGGUUAAAAUGAGCUUUCCCGAGUUUCACUCAGGUGACAAAACAGUCAUUGACCCUAACGAGCUAAGGAACUUUACUACACAACGUAAAGACACUCUCCCAGUGAACAAAACAGCCAAGAUCUCAGAAGCCGACACAACCAGCAUUUCAGAUGUUGAUCCAUUAUCCACAGAAAUCGUCACUGCGAAUACAAAUGCCGCCAAUGUCACCCCAACCAGUUCAUCAGACACUAACAGAAAUGCCUCAGUAGUCAAAAUAGACAAUUCGUCAAGCUUCGAAACUGGCAUCAAAUUAGCUCGCUAUCCAUUAGCACCUUUAUCUCACGAGGACGAAAAUAAAUAUUCCCAGAGGACGCAGUGUCAAGAGGACACUGCAAUAACGAAGGCGUCAGAUCUGGGAACGAAUAUUCAGCAGCUGCUGGAGCGGAUCACUAACAAGAACGACUCCCAGAUCAGACUCUACAAUGUGGAAGUGGACCCGGAGGAGCGAGUCAACUUAGCCUCAAAGCUGGUGGGGGUGGUGGAGGAGCUGCUUCAGUACCUCCUGGAGGAACUGCCGCGGUACGUGGAGGCAGACAUCAAGCCCCUUGUGCCGGAGGCCAACCCUGACAACUUCAAUGGCGUCUGGUCUCCUGGGUGGUGUUAAUGGCCCAAAGAGUGUUGUUGAACAGAUAAUGACGUUAAUGGCCCCAAAAUGGUGAUAUUGAUCUCCAUGAUGGUGUUGUUGGACAGUGGAUGAAUUAGUUAGCAUCCCCUGUAGGAUGGCGUUAGCUAGAAGAACUAUCUACAUCAUGAAGCCUGGGGCAUGCUGUUAUUUACUAUUCUACGUAUUCUGAAGUGUUUUUUGUAUCUACAUAUUGUAUACAGGUCAAUAAAUAUGAGUGUAAA